AAGCCAAAGUUUGUGAGCAACAAGGAGCGCAAGCUGUUGGUGAAGGCUGCGCACUUUGAGGACCUGAAGAAGGGCAACAAACUGGAGAAAUACCUCGAGCGGAAGGAGAAGCGUCUCAAGGCCAAGGAAAUGAAGAGGAAAUAUUAAGAUGGAGGAGCCGUGCUUCAGCCUACCUGAGGAUGCCUGGGCCCUGAGUCCUGCUGACCACCACAGGACCAUUGUUCACCUGGACGUGGACUGCUUCUAUGCCCAGGUGGAAAUGGUGCGCAACCCCAGCCUACGGGAUAAACCUCUUGGGGUGAAGCAGAAGAACCUGAUGGUGACCUGCAACUAUGUGGCGAGGUCAAUGGGGGUGAAAAAGAGUAUGUGGAUCAAGGAGGCGCUGGAGGCCCUGCCAGACCUGGUGUUGGUGGACGGUUCAGACCUCACCCACUAUAGGCAGUUUUCUACUGAGAUCUCGGCUGUUGCCCAGAGCUUUACACCUGAUGUGGAAAGACUUGGUCUGGACGAGAACUUUGUGGACAUUACAGAGAUUGUGGGAGACUAUCUAGGAAAGUCAGACCUGAGUAACAUUGAAGGCCAUGUUUAUGGGGAUAAAGAGCCUGCCCCGGCACCCCCUGCUGACCCCUGUGGCUGUGGCUGUCAGAAGAGGAUGGUUGCCGGGGCACUGGUGGCAAAAAAGCUGCGGCAGCGCAUCUUUGAGACCACCGGAAUAACCUGCUGUGCUGGUGUGGCCCACAACAAGCUGCUGGCAAAACUUGUGUCUGGUUACCACAAACCCAACCAGCAAACUGUCCUGUUCCCCUGGAUGGUUCACUGCCUCAUGAGUUCCCUGCACUCAGCCAAGAGUAUUCCAGGCAUAGGAAGCUCAACCUUCAAGGUCCUGGAGGAACUAGGAAUAUCCACUCUCAAAGAUUUACAAGGUUCAUCACUAGCCUUGCUACAAAUUAGUUUUGAUGAAGAAACAAGCAAAAAGUUAAAAGAUUUAAGUUUCGGCAUUGACGAGGCUCCUGUACGAAGAAGUGGGCGGCCACAAAGCAUUGGCCUGGAGGACGCCUUCAGGAAGGUGAGCAGCAUAGCAGAGGUUCGGCUCAAGUACUCCACACUGCUGGAGCGACUGCUGAAGCUUCUGAAGGAAGACGGCCGCAUCCCAGCCUCCCUCAGGGUGUGCGUACGCAAGUUUGACCCUGCCAAGAAGUUUGGUCACAGGGAGAGCCGGCAAGCACCUGUUUCAUCCUCCUUAUUUGCAUCAGGGGUGCAGAAUGUUGGGGAAAACACAAGAGCCUUGUUGCAGGAACAGGUCAUGGGGCUCUUCCACAAGAUGGUGGACACCAGCAAGCCAUACCACCUGACGCUGCUGGCCGUGGGUUUCAACAAACUCACUGAGCGAGCAGCCGAGGAAAAGUCCAUCUCCAGAUUUUUCUUGAAACGCAAAAGAAAUGAAGCAGAGGAUGAAGGUACAACUAAAGUACUGAAUGACGAUCCUAAGCAUGCAAAGUUACUUUCAACAGAGUCGGUUUCAAGUGGUGCAAACGUCCAUGGCUCAGAGUCUUCAUCAGGAGAGGCUCACUGCUCCAUGUCUGGUGGUGGUGCUGGGGAUAGGGAAAGCCAUGAAAACAAACAAGAUAAAAAGACUUUACUUUCAGAUUACCCAAGUGUCACCACAGAAACAAAGCCUUUGGAAAUCUCUAGAGUAACUGCCAGUAAGGAAAUAUGUCAUGAUAAUUUUGUUGGUGUCAAAGCAUCCCCAAAGGAAUCAUGGGAUGCCAAGAGUGAGAGGAAGAACGUUGAUACCAGUGAUGAUGAUGAGAGUGAUGAAAGCAGCAGUUCUUGUGAAAGUUCCCCCGAUCCCAAGCAUGACCUGGCCCAGAGUCGACCUCGGGAGAACACCCACUCACCCGCCCAAUCCAACACCCUCAGAGUGCCACCACCAGGCACUGACGCAGACGUCUUUAAGGCACUGCCACCUGAGAUACAAGACGAGAUCCUCAACACCUAUAAAGGAAGACCACCAGACUCUAUACCAAAGCCUAAAAACAUACCCUUCACCCCAAAAACUACACAUAAAAAGGGAAAAUCAGUUAAUCCUACUCUGGAAAGAUACUUCAUGAAAAACUCUACCACCAUGUCUAAAGAAAGCUCAAGAGAAGAGGGCAGUAAGAAAGCAGACACUGGAAUUUUAACAGCGUACGCAACAACCAGUGGCAACAACAACAGUGAUGAUACAGUGACUCUCCCAGAAAGAAAAGGCGACAGUGAAAAUACUAGUGAAGCUUCUGUUGCCAUGUCCACUUCCAUCAUUGAGCCACCUGACGGGGUUGACGCAAGUGUGUUCCGUUCCCUGCCCGAGGAAAUCCAGCGUGAGAUUGUGGGGGAACAGAAGCGUGCAACAUUGUCAAGCCAUUCCCUGCCCCCCAAAAGUACCUCAUCAUGCAGUAGGCGGACUAGAGGGGCCUCGUCAUCACCCUCCAUCAUGAAGUACAUUAAAAAGGCCUAACUAAACAGCCUUACUAAACCAAAGCGUGUUCCAUUCCCUGCCCGAAGAAAUCCAUCAUGAGAUUGUGGAGGAACAGAAGUGUGCAACAUUAACCCCUUGCUGCGGAUUUCCUACAAGAAGACAUCAAGCUACAGUAAUGGAAGAAAAAGUGGCUGCUACAAUGCAAUGAAGAAAAAUGCAAAGUCAUGCACCUUGGGAGGGGAUAUCCAGCACACCAAUACCACAUAGGAAACACUCCACUAUCCACCACAGAGGUAGAGAAAGACCUGGGACUAUAUGUUACCAGGCUACCAGUGAAGGCCAUAUCCAUGCCAAUCGCAGCGAACGGGUUAAGUAAUUUCCUGCCCCCCAAAGGUCCCCCAUCAUGUGGUAGGAGGGGUAGAGGGGCUUCAUCAUCACCCUCCAUCAUGAAGUACAUCAAAAAGGCCUAACUUAACAGCCUUGCACUUGUUUAGGUCCACAGUCCAACCCAAUGACUUUGUUUUUCAGUGCUUCAGCCAAACAAAAACUCCACAAGAUUGUUGGGUGUUCCACAGUGUACCAGACUACUACAGGAAUUUUUUGUAUAGUGUCAUGAGUGUUAUUCCCCAUUUAUGGAGCAGAAGCCUUCCAGAACUAUGAGUACCAUCAGGCUCAUGAAACCACCCAUGGAAACACCAACAACUUCUCCAAGAGCCUUUUGAAAUAGAUGGACUAAGCCUUCGAAGAGUUUGAUGAUAUGGACCUUGCAAAGCAGCCAUUGUAUUGAGCUGUUGAAUUAGUCUGUGGAAUACUCGCAUUAGCUUGGAGGUGAAUGUAAAGUGUUAUGGAUUUCAGAGAGAGUUGUCAGGAGUUUGUAAGAUGCUUCCCAUAGCUUACAUUGUUUCAUGCUCAUCUCCACUUGUAUUAUGUGAAAGUGUUGUUGGUAUAUUAGAUGGUUAAGCAUUUGUUAUGUUUUGUAUAGUACUUAUUGUGUGUGUGUGUGUGUGUGUGUGUGUGUAAGAGGUUGCUUCAGUUUUUCAUACUUCAGUCAGUCAUGUUCUGUUAUAUUUAUAUUAAUGUUUUUAGACCCCAGACAAACCCUUUAAGAUAAUCGAGUCAGAGCUUUAUUUCCAUUCAAAACUCAAUGUGUCUACCAAAAAGGGAUUACAGUGAACUGAUCUUUUUAAUAUUAUAAAAGAAAACUGUGAAAGGCAUUUAUCUUAAAAUACUAGAAAUUAAACUACUGUAUGUAUGGGCUGGCAUGGGGGUGUGUUCAAUGUACAGAUCCAAUGAGUGUGUGAUACUGUAGUGGUAUGGUAUGGUGGUAUUACAAUCGUCAUCAUCAUCAUCAUCUAAAUGACAUUUCUUUUGAUGUUAGAUGGUCGAUGAUAUGCUUCCAACUAUUGCUGUCCAUUGCCUCAGCCUCUCCACUGGUAUUACAAUGAAUGGGUAAAACUGAACAGGAUUAUGUAUAUGAUGUUAUGGUAUGGAUAUGUAGUAAGAAAUUGUGUUUUCAAGAACGUCAGUGAUUUUUGGGAGAACAGGAGAUGGACAUGGCUGGUAAACGGUAUGGGAAUGGUGAAAGCACGAACCAUCAUUGGUGUUUGGGAGGUCAGGAGAUAGACACAACUGAUGAAGCGUGUAGAAAUGGUGGUAGCAAGAACUGUCAUUGGUUUUUGGGGGAACAGGAGAUGGACAUAACUGGUAAACUGUAUAGGAAUGGUGAAAGCACGAACCAUCAUUGGUGUUUGGGAGGUCAGGAGAUAGACACAACUGAUAAAGCGUAUAGAAAUGGUGAUAGCAAGAACUGUCAGUGAUGUUUGGGAGGACAGGAGAUGGACAUGACUGGUAAACUGUAUGGAAAUGUUGAAAGCUUGGAACAACUUGUGAUUGGACAUGGUGGAAAUAAGAGGUUUGCCAAAGAAUGAACUAUAUACACUGGAAGAAUUUUGUGAGAUGAGAGUAAUGAUGCUGGAUUGCUCUCCUAAAUUGUUGCCUAACUUAAGAGCUGUGAUGGCUGGCUGCUGGGAAUAUAGUGUUAGUGAUAUAUAAUGUUGAUAAUGGUGUUGUUUGUGAUGGCCAAGCAGGUGUGGGCAGAGACAGUGACAAUUUGAAGAACGUUUGAUUGAAGAUGUGUAGUUUUUCAUUUAUUUAUUUUUCAUAGUAAAGGAGGUAGGUCAAGGGGUAAGUAAAGAAUAGACAAAUUAAAAGCUUGCUGGUGCUCCUCCUGCAAAUAGUUGAUGAGAGUUUUUCCUAAUCUUAUUCAUUACCUUUAUUUACUUUUGCUAUUAUUAUUUUGUUUACACUUCUAAUCAAGGCUCAUCCCUACCUGUUUAAUUAAUAAGUAUGAUGUGGACAAGUCUCUCUUCAAAUAUGUCACUUGUGUAUAUGUGUGUAUGUAACGUGCACUUAUUUUUGUAUACCUAAAAAUAAAAUGAUGCCAAAUGAA